UCCCUGCUUGUUGGUGCAAUUUUUGGUAUGGAAAUAUAAUUAUGAGUGAUUUUUCAACUUGCAAAUUACAGGUCUAGUAAACUCAUUUUUCGUUUGUUAAUUUUGGCAUGAACAAUGCUUUGGAAGAUGUUUCGAAUUUGCGGGGAAGCAAUGCGCAAGCUGAACUCACCGAACGCUUUUUUAGGGCUGCGUCGGAUGGCGAUGUGAAUGCCAUCCGAAACACGCUCAGCUUCUUUCGUUCAGUCUCGAUAGAUCAUAGAAAUGAUCAUGGCUGGACCGCACUAAUGCUCGCUGCAAGAAAUGGUCAUAAAGAAAUAGUGAAGUUUCUGCUAGAGAAUGGUGCGGAUCCUAGUUUAACUACUAGGACUGGCCAAAGUGUCACUGACAUUGGAACAUUCUGGAAUCAAAAAGGUGUUGUUGACACUCUUUAUAAGUUUUUAAAACCCUCAUCAUCUCGUUUGGAACAUGUCAACUAUUUCGGAACCAAUGCAGCCAAUAGACAGUCUUAUCAGCGGAAAGAUGUUCAAUACAUUGAGUCUCUUAAAACUUUGAGAUCAACUCGAUAUGCAGUUUUUGCUGAAUUGGAAUUAUUGAUCUCAACAAACAAGUCUAGUAAACCAUCAGUGUUGUUUCUGUCAUAUGACCAGUUGAAUGCAGUGGCUGAUAAAGAAUAUGAUGUCAUUUACAUUGGCAAAGGUUGCUUGGGAAAAAAUAGUGAUGAUUCUGGUAUUGAACCAGAUACUAUUGCUUAUUUUGCAAUUAACUACCGACAUUUUCCCAGUGAAGAAGGCUUUCCUGCGAAGGAAUUUGGCGGUGAAUUUUCUGGAAAAGGAUAUGCGACCAGAAUGAUGAUGUUACCAGUCGAAGAAUCUGGACUAGUUGCCCAAGCUCGCUCAAUUUUAGCGUGGCAUGAUCGAUACAGAUUUUGUCCAACAUGUGGAAGUAAAACUAAAAUGGCUGAAUCUGGAUACAAAAGAAGUUGCUUAAAUUCAGAAUGUAGAAGCCAUAAUGGUGUCCACAACACAUGUUUCCCAAGAAUUGACCCAGUGGUAAUCGUUCUGGUUGUGUCACCAGAUGGAACGAAAUGCUUGCUUGGUAGACAAGCAAGGUUUCCACCUCGUAUGUAUUCUUGCUUAGCAGGAUUCAUGGAACCAGGGGAAUCUGUUGAGGAUGCGGCAAGGCGUGAAGUACAUGAGGAAAGUGGUGUUGAAGUUGGUCGUUUGGAAUAUCAUUCAUCCCAGCCAUGGCCAUUUCCGGGACAGCUAAUGAUAGGUCUUGUUGGGUAUGCAGUCUCAGAGAAAAUAACUGUAGAUCAAGAAGAGCUUGAAGAUGCAAAGUGGUUCACGAGAUCGGAAGUUGCAGAAGCACUUGCAGGGGGCUUUACGAAAGAUAAAGGCCUCCUAGUUCCCCCAAAGCAUGCCAUCGCACAUCAGCUUCAAAAGGCUUGGGUCAAGAUGUCAGCUAAUCUAUAAUUAUCAGCAACAAUAAUUGAAGGAUCUAUGCAAAGGUGUCAUCAAUAGGAAAUGCCAGUUUUUUAUGAUAUAUAUGGCUGAGCAGUGAUAUGUCACCCUGCAUCUUUUUAUUAUUAAUGUAAUUGUAUAUAUAUAUAUAUAUAUAAUAAUGUUCUAAUUAUUUAUUAUCAAUCCCACAUUUUGACUUCACCGAAACAAUUAUAGUGGUUGCUUUUUCCUACCUCAUCUUACCCAAUGCAAAAAAACUCCGAUCAGGUCCUACAAUUAUAUUUACGACUUUCAUGUUAUAAACAACUAAAAUA